UCACUCUAGAGAGGGCAGCGUAGCUUCUUCGGGGGGAAGGGGCCCCCACGUAUCCAGCGGCUCGUCAAGGGGGUAUAAAGGUUGCGUAGGCUCAUCCACAGAGUCACAGAAAGAGGCGGCAUCGCAGAAGCCGACAUGAAUCCAUUGAUCGCGUGCAUGGUUGUGGCCCUAGCCGGGCUUGCUCUGGCUGAGCCCCCAGUAUCCUCGGGAUACAGCUACAGCGGUCCCAGCGCGAUCGCGUCCCUCGGUGGCUAUUCCAUCGGAGGCGGUGGUGGCUACUCCCACGGAGGUGGUGGCGGCUACUCCCACGGAGGCGGCGGCGGCGGCGGCGGCGGCGGUGGAUACACCCAAGUCAGUACCGGAUACCAGACCAGCGAAGGCGCUUCCGUCGACGGAGCCCUGCUCGAACAAAUCCGCCAGAUCCUCCUGAAGGAGGAACUCCAGUCCCAGCAGAGCGGCGGAUUUGGAGGCAGCGGCUACGCACCCAGCUCAAGCUACGGUGCCCCGUCUCCACAAUACGGCGUCCCCAGCCCGCAAUACGGAGUCCCAAGCUACCAGACCCGCGUCGUCGGCGUUGAUCUCGAGGGAAUCAGACAGGCCAUCCAGGUCGCCCAGUUCAACCAGAUCACCCACGGACCCAGCUUCAGCGGCUACCCAAGCGGACCCAGCAGGCCAAGCGGCAGCUACGGCGUCCCGUUCUAGGCGAUAACUAUAAAGAACUAGAAUAGAGAAGAGCAGAGGCAACCGUCGACGAAUUCCGCGCAUCAACUCCGGGGAGAACGAUAUGACGAAACGGCGUAUAACCGGCAAAACGAAACCUGCUAUUAUGACCGGAAUUGUGCUCUUUACGUCCUGCCUUGAUGAAGACUGAACAGUCGUAGCUUCAUCAGGGCAGGAUUUGGAGGCUGAAGAGGAUGAUCGUCAGCCCUGGAAUAAGAUGAGACGCCAGCAUUCGCGGAUUGGUACUGAGACCUGAUCGACGCAGACGAACCACACUGUUGCCUUAUAAUUAAUCGCAUAUAGGCCGAACAUCAGCCAAUCUUCUUUGCGAGGAUACUAAAAAUCCAAGAAGAGAGAUCGGAGUAAAAAUUCGGUCUCGAUUUCGCGCCAUUCUUUCAAAUUGCGCGCUGUAAAUACAGCACAAGAGUUUUAGAUAUAUAAUGGGGAGAAGUUUGGGUUGAGAUUCUCUUGGGCAUUCCGAGCAACUGGGACUUAUUUUUAGUGCCAGAAGAUACAAAUGUG